AUGGGAAAUUUUUAUAAGAACUGGGCUAUAGGCGACUUGAGGGCGGAAUACGACAGAAAAUACAGGGAGAGGAGAGGAGGCGAUGACGUGAAGUCGGCUGAGUCAUUCUGUGGCCACUUCUGUCCACUAGAGGAGGAGUGUAGGCGCAGGAUGGAGGGAGACUACGAUAAGGAGUACGAGAAGGAGUUUCUGGUGAAGAGAUACGAGAGGAGUGUGGCUGGGAGGCAGUUUGAGGAGUACGAGAGCAUUAGGAACACGGGUGCACUGGAAGAGACACUCGAGUACCUGGUUAAUCUCCCUUUGGACUACAAGAGCUACAAAUUCAUCGAUAACAGAAUUAGGGCAAUUAAGGCGGAUUUAGAGAGUCUGUCUGGGAUUGUAGGAGACUCAGUCUGCCCAGACAAGAUCCACAUGCUUGAGACCAUCUCUCGAUUCUACGUCGUCUCCCUCUACGUCCUGUACACCGUUGAAAACGACCUGUACCAAGUCAUGGAGCAGCUCAGGAAGACACUGAAUGUCCUGAUGCACGAGUACAACUCGUGUAACCAGUACAGCAAUGAAUUCGUGGAAUACUACAUAUUGAGUAACAUGGAAAAGAGUGAGACAGUAGAGAGGACCAUUUCCAGGUACGCCCCAAGUAAGCUUAAUUGCAUAAAUGAGGCCCUUGUCCUCUUCAACUCGUUUGUCUCGCAGGACUACGGUGCCAUUUUUGGCUACAAAAGAUGCUUCCUCUUCUACUGCAUCACGCUCUACUACCACAAUAUGCUUAGAAUCAGUGUAGUACGCCUGUUGAAGAAGGGAAUCUAG